GAGGGGACCCCCGUGUGGGGACAGGGACGGGCGGUGUUUUGGGGGGUGGGCAGGGGGACGCUGCCCACCCAGAGCCCCUGAGCGGGGCUCACCGGGGUGCCGCCGUUUUCCUUGGUUUUCCCGUGUUUUGGCGGGUGGUGAUUCAUCUCCUGAGCAAGUCGGGCGGGGGGACACUGGCUGCACCCCCAGGCUGUGUCCCCUCCCUGUCCCCAGCAUCGCCCGGUGCCCUUCGGAGAGUGAGCGGAGGAAGGAAGGAAGGGGCCCGGAGGAGGGGAGGAGGAAGCGGAGAGGGUGGGAUGCUGCCCGGGGUGAUGGAGGAAGAAGGGGGAGGAUUGAAAAUAAAGAAGAAAGAAAGAAAGAAAGGAGAAAGUCCAGGCAAAGUGACACUGCGAGCAGGGGGGGGCCACCCGCUCUCCGUCUGUCCCACCCUCUGUCCGUCCCUCUGUCUGUCCCGCCCUCCAUCCAUCACACUGUCUGUUCCACCCUCUGUCUGUCCCUCCAUCCAUCUGUCCCACCCUCUAUUCUACCCUCUGUCCAUCUAUCCAUCCAUCCUACCCUCUAUCCAUCCCUCCAUCCCACCCACCCUCUGCCCCUGCAUCCAUCCUUCUAUCCAUCCAUCCCACCCUCUGUCUGUCCCACCCUCGCUCUGUCCAUCCCUCCAUCCCCCAGCAGCCGGCUGGGGUGCAGCUGCCGCCCGUCUCACUGUGUUUCUCGCCGGGGUGUGCACAAGCAGCUGGAUCGAGCGUGUCCGUGUGCAGCCUCGCCGGGCUGGGAGCCCCAUUGCUGCCCCCCAUGCCAACCACUGCCAGCCCCAUGGCCCCCCCGGCAACUGGGGGGCUGAACCGGUGGAGGGGGCUGCGAACCCAUGGCUGAGCGCCCACCCCGCUGCGCCGCACUCGCCGGACCCGGACCCCCAUGGUGGAGCAGAGUGCAGGUGGAGGGGCGCAGGGGUCCCGGCGGCCACUGCGGGGUCCCCCCCCGGCCCCCAGCGCGGUGGUGAGGAGGGGGCUGUGGAGCGUGGAGCGAGCGGGUUGGCGCUGGGAACAUGCCGUGGGGGUGGACUGCAGCUCCCCCGAGCCCCGCUGCAUCCGGCUCAGCACCCUGCACCGCCACGCCGGGCCCCCCCCGGAGCAGCGCCGGCCCCCGGCCCCCCGCCUGGCCCCCCGCUCCGACAAGUGCCGCCGGCCAACACCGGGCCGGAGAGAUGGGGUGUCCCCAAAUGCCAACGUGCCCCCCGAGGGCACUUUCCCCUGGGUGGGCCCCAAGACGCUGGUGCUACGGAAGAGCUCGCAGGGGGGGUUCGGCUUCACCCUCCGCCACUUCAUCGUCUACCCCCCCGAGUCGGCAAUACACUCCACCACCAAGCAGGAGGAGGAGAAUGGGAACCGAGCAGCAGGUCCCCCCCGGAGCCGCCUGGAGCCCAUGGACACCAUCUUUGUGAAGAGCGUGCGGGAGGACGGGCCGGCUCACCAGGCUGGGCUGCGCACCGGGGACCGGCUGGUCAAGGUGAAUGGUGAGAGCAUCAUCGGGAAAACCUACUCGCAGGUCAUCGCACUGAUCCAGAACAGUGACGAUGUGCUGGAGCUCGCCAUCAUGCCCAAGGACGAGGACAUCCUUCAGCUGGCGUAUUCACAGGAUGCCUACCUAAAGGGCAAUGAGCCGUACUCUGGGGGGGCACAGAGCAUCCCCGAGCCCCCCCCCAUCUGCUACCCGCGCAAGACCUACCCCUUCCAGACGCGGGGUGCCGAGCCCCCCCCUGGCCAGCCGCUGGACCCCCGUGCCCCCUCGUCCCCACUUGGCCCUGCCGCGCUCGCCAGCACCCGCAGCGAUGGGGGGGGCAGCCCCGCGCACCGCCCCGACCAGCCGCCACCCGGGGGGCCCCCCCCACGCCCCACUGCCCCCCAUGGCCCCCCCGGCUCCUUCUCCCGCACCGGCUGCCCCGGCAACGUCGCAUCCUCAGUCGCAUCCUCGCUGCCCGACCGCUAUGGGGUCCCCCCGGCCUGCUACCCCAAGCAUCUCCCGGAGCACCGGACUCACUGCGGCUUCAAGGAGGGUGUGGGGGGGCUGUCGGGCCCCCCCCGGGACACAGCAGGAAGGGUGCCGGGCCGCCAAGAAUGCCAGCAGGCUCUGUCCCGCUGGUUCUGCAGCCAGGAGCCGCGGCGCAGCUCCUCGGAGGAGCGGCGGCAUGCCAUGCCCCCCCGGCACCGCAGUGUAUCCCAGGACCGCCUGGGGGGCUCCGGAGCGACCCCCCGGGGGUGGCCACACAGCGCCUCGCACGACACCCUGCUGCAGCCCCCCCGCGAGGGCUGGGCGCCCCGUGCCCGCUCCCACCAUCACCUGGGCCGCUGCGGGCGCUCCAUGGAGGCUCUGGAGCCCGGCGCUCUGCUUGCCGCCCGCCUGGACCGCUCUGCCUGGCCGCCCGAGAGGGGCUGCAGGGCCACCGGCACUGCCGCCGCCCACCCCGUCCCGCAUGGCUCCUUCGCGCCUUCCUCCUCCUCCUCGCGGGAGCCGGUGCCUGUGCAGAAGCACCCGUCGCAUCCCAACCUGCCGAGCGCCGACGAUUCCGGAUACAUCGGGUACCGCAGCUACAGCCCAUCCUUCCAGCGCCGCACCGGGCUGCUGCACGCCCUGUCCUUCCGCGACCCGGCUUUCGGUGGCCUUCCCACCUUCAGCAUCUCACCGCGGCCGGAGAGGGUGGUCCCCGCCAUGCCACCAGCCACUGGUCCCCAGCCAGUCCCCAGCGCGCCCCCGGAGCAGCGUCCUGAGAGCAGCCGGGUGCCCGAGCAGCCCGAGGAGCGGAGGGAAGAGGUGGUUUUGCGGCAGAAGCCGCCCACGGGACGCAAGAUGCCGCCCCCACUGCGGCAGAUGAACUUUGUCUUCACCGAGGGGAUGAAGGAGACGGACAUUUGUGACCCCCCCCCGGCUGCUGGCAAAGGGGACAGGCCAGUGGCCGAGCGGACAGGUCGGCACGUGGCUCCGUUAGCAGCCCCUGAGGACUCCCUGGCGUCCAUCCCCUUCAUCGACGAACCCACCAGCCCCAGCAUCGACCUGAAGGCCAAGCAUGUCCCUGCCUCCUCGGUGGUCUCCAGUGCCAUGAACUCGGCCCCCGCUGUCGCCACCAGCCCCCCUUCGCCCACCUUUGCCUUCGCCCUGAGCCGCCACUACUCCCAGGACUGCAGCAGCAUCAGGGCCGGGCGCCGCUCCUCCUACCUCCUGGCCAUCACCACCGAGCGCUCCAAGUCCUGCGACGAUGGUCUGAACGCAUUUCGGGAUGAGGGGAAGAUCCUCAGGAUGCCCAGCCGGGUCCCCAGCCUCCGCAUGCUGAGGAGCUUCUUCACUGAUGGGUCUCUGGACAGCCUUGGCACGUCCGAAGACGCCCGUUCUAAAAGACACUCAACCUCCGACCUCUCGGAUGUCCCGUUCAGCGCCGUGAGGAAGGAGGGCUGGCUCCACUGCAAGCAGAUCCUCACCAAAAAGGGGAAGAAGGUCGGUGGAGGCAUCCGGCAGUGGAAGCGCGUCUUCGCCGUGCUGCGCACCCACUCGCUGUACCUGUGCAAGGACAGGCGGGAGGCGGUGACCUGCGCCCCGGCCCCAGGUGAGGAGGAGCCGCCGAUCAGCAUCCGAGCGUGCCUGGUGGACAUCUCCUACAGCGAGACCAAGAGGAAGCACGUCUUCCGCCUGACGACCGCUGACUUCUGUGAAUAUCUCUUUCAGGCAGAGGAUCGGGAAGACAUGCUGGCCUGGAUCAAAGUCAUCAGGGAGAACAGCAAGGCCGAGGGCGAGGACCCCGGUUUUGCCAGCCAAGCGCUUAUCAACAAGAAGUUAAAUGACUACCGGAAAGUGAGCCCCGCGGGCACCAAACCCGAUUCCUCGCCCAAGGGCUCCCGCGGGCUGGGGAUCCGAGCCGAGUUCCUGAAGCAGACGGGAACCAGCGCACCCCGGUCCCCCAGGCAGGAUGUGGCUGUCACGAAAGAUGAGAGUAGCUCCCAAAAAGCCCCAUGGGGUAUUAACAUCAUGAAGAAGAACAAGAAAUCUGCCCCCAGAGCCUUCGGGGUGAGGCUGGAGGACUGUCAGCCUGCCCUGGACAACAAGAACGUCCCCCUGAUCGUGGAAGCUUGCUGCAAGGUGGUGGAGGACCGAGGGCUGGAGUACAUGGGCAUCUACCGUGUCCCCGGGAACAACGCCGUGGUGUCCAGCCUGCAGGAGCAGCUCAACAAGGGGGCCACCGAGAUCAACCUGCAGGACGAGCGGUGGCAGGACCUGAACGUCAUCAGCAGCCUCUUGAAAUCCUUCUUCCGAAAGCUGCCUGAGCCUCUCUUCACCGAUGAUAAAUACAAUGACUUCAUUGAGGCGAACCGGAUCGAGGACGCCAGUGAGAGGAUGAGGACGCUGAGGAAGCUGAUCCGGGACCUGCCAGGUCACUACUAUGAGACACUCAAGUUCCUGGUGGGUCACCUGAAGACCAUCGCGGACCACUCAGAGAAAAACAAGAUGGAGCCCCGAAACCUGGCGCUGGUGUUCGGCCCCACGCUGGUGCGCACGUCCGAGGACAACAUGACCGACAUGGUGACGCACAUGCCCGACCGCUAUAAGAUCGUGGAGACCCUCAUCCAGCAUUCAGACUGGUUCUUCAGUGACAAAGAGGACAAGGGCGAGAAGACCCCCGUGGAUGAGAAGGAGGCUCAGUCUGUGCCCAACAUCGAGUACCUGCUGCCCAACAUCGGCAGGACGGCGGCACCCGGCGAUGCCGCAGGCUUGACCCGCAGCGGCUCUGCCAAACCAAAGGGCACGUGGCCGUCGCGGAAGGUGCCGCCACACCGGGAGCUCCUCGCCAUCCCCUUCGUCUCGGCUGCCGCCCGCAAGAGGAAGAAGAAGAGAGAGGCCGAAGGUGUCGGGAGCAGCACCGAUGACGAUGCGGAGCGCAGGGACACUCUGAGCCGUGAGCAGGAGGACAAGGGGACCGUGGCCACCCCGCCAGCCCCCCAUGGCACUGGCACCGAGCUGGCGGCCCCCAACCCCACCGCAGUGGAGCGGGAGAGCUCCCUGGAGGCCGGGGGUGCCGCGUUGGAUCCUGCACCUGACGCUCGCUCCAUCGUGUCCGGCUACUCCACCAUGUCCACCAUGGACCGCAGCCUCUGCUCCGAGGGGCCCUCGGUGGCCGGGAGCCGCGGGGACGAGGCGGAUGACGAGCGCAGUGAGCUCAGCCACAUGGAGACGGACACCGAGAGCCGGCAGGUGGAAACAGGGACUGGGGACGAGGACAAGACCCCCACGGGCCGCCCCUCCUUCAACUCCCACCACCUGAUCCAGUGCGACACGCUGGCCCGCAGGAAGAUGGGGCGGCCCCGGCCAGCCGGUGACACCCCAGGACCCCCGGUGGGGGAUGACCCCGUCCCCCCAGGCCGGCCCUCUCUGCGGGAGCAGCUCCGGCAGCGGCUCCGAUCCUCGGCCGAUGACAUGGGGGUGCGGCUGCGGCGGGCCCGAUCCCCCGAGAGCCGCCGCAAGAAGAGCAGCUGGCGGCGGCACACGGUGGUGGUGGCACCCGGUGGCCUCAAGGACCUCAACUUCAACGAGUGGAAGGAGCCGCGGGGGCGGGAGGUGGCCCUGGGCCCCUGCCGUGACAAGGACUCGGGGCUCAGCAGCCUGGAGUCCCCCAAAGCGAGACCCCCGGCCCCCAUGGAGCCACCGGGCACCGUGACCCCCCCGGGCACUCCCGCCACCCCCCUGCGCUUCCCCCAGUGUCUGUGACCCCCCGAGAUGUCCCCGCUGUGUCACCCCCCUCCAGCCAGCGGUUAAUUUAAGGACUCACCUUCGUUCUCGUAUUUAAUUGUGCUCUGGACAAGCUGCUGUUAUUUAACGAGUCUCGGUGGCCUCCGCUCCACGGGUGGGACAAAGCCACCUUGUCCCCCUUGCUUUGGGGACGGGCGGUGUCCCAUAGUGGUCCCACGUCACCAUCCAGAGGUGCCCCGUCCCCCCCGGCAGUGCCAGGAGGGGUGAAGGGGGCUCGUGGGGACUGUCCCCCCCUGAGGCGGUGGUGACCCUGCUGUCCCCAGCCGCGGCGGUGCGAAGUGCGGGCGCUUCCCUGGGUGCUGCGGUGAGACCUUGGGGAUAUUGGGGACCUUGGGGACCCCCACGGUGCCAUCGCACUGACCUGGCUCUGUGCUGUGCUGGGGGGCGGGGCGGGGCGGGGUGGGGGGGGGGUUGCGGGUUUGCUGAGCUGGGGUGGCCCCUGUCACCACGGGCUGGGUGUGACAAGAGGGGCUGGCAGUGGUGGGGAAGGGGGGAAUGACACUGCUGUCACCUGCACCCCCACGCUCCGCACAGCCCCCUCCCCAGCCCAGAAGCACUUUAGGAUUGGGGACAGGGGGAACACAGGGACCCCCGGCCUCGCUGUGCCAUGGGCUUGGGGGGGGCGGGGGGGGAUGUCAAGUCAAGUCACUGUUUCUCCGUGUUGUUCUCAUACGUUAUGCAAAUAUUUGCUGUAAAGUUGUUUUUCUUUCUUUGUAAAUAUUGUCUCUGACUGUGUAACAUAUUCCAAAGGAUUUAUAAGGAUUUUUUAAGACGUUUUGCUCAGCGGAAAGGCCAUUUCCCCCCCAACCCCCCCAUCAGGGGACGUGCUGGACCAGUGUUGACUUUUUAAACCCUCCUGCAUGUGCCCCCCAGAAUCCCCCCCCGUGUUGUACGAGUCGGCCGCAGAGCCGCUAUAUGCAAAACUGCAAAAAAACCCCCCAAACACCCCGCUUUGGAUGCUGCCCCCCCCCCCCCCCCGCCCCCCAAACCAUCCCAGUCUAUAUAUUGGAAAUAAACUGGUUAUUCAAGGUGGUUUCCUGCUGUUAUUGCACCCCCUGCUUGGGGGUGGUCAGCACAUGGAAGGGUUUAUUGUGGAUUUGCUAUCAGUGUGGGGGGGAUGAGACGGACCCCCCCAGCACCCCCAGACCCAUCCUUGGGGGACCAGGGUGGUUUGGGGGAUCACAGAAUGGACUGGGUUGGAAAAGAUCUCAGAGAUCAAGUCCAACUCUUGGUCCAACUCUAUUACUAGAUCAUGGUACUAAGUUCCAUGUCCAAGCUCAGCUUAACAACCUCCAGGGACGAUGAGUCCCCCACCUCCCAUUCCCAUCCCAUCCAAGCGACCCAAGACCCCAAACCUGGAGGUGGGGGGGAGGGGGUGUGUUGAAAUAAAAUACCAUAGAAAGAGCAAUUAAAAAAAAAAAAGUAAUUUUAUUAUUAAAGCCAAACACUCUGAUAGAAAAGAAAAGUAAUAAAGGGAAAAGGAAACUAAAAAG